AUGGAGCCGCUCUUUGCACCGCGAAACGGAAAGGAGUGUGAUGGGGGGAGCAAUGGAAUCAGCGAUUGGAUGCCGCUGCCGCCCGUCACUGUCGUAGCGAGUGCCGAUUGGCCGACCCCUCAGCCCAUCUGCCCGCCUCUAGAGGUCCCCGCCCAGCGGGGCUCCGGGCCUCAGUCGGAGAGGCGGCGGCGGAACCGAGUUACGGCGGACCCGGUCCCCUCCUCCCCUCAUCCUACCCAUCCUCCAUCCCCUCAUCCUCUCCUCCUCCCCUCUCCCUCAUCCCCUCAUCCUACCCAUCCUCCAUCUCCUCCCCUCUCCCUCAUUCCCUCCUCCCCUCAUCCUACCCAUCCUCCAUCUCCUCCCCUCAUCCUCUCCCUCAUCCCCUCUCCUCAUCCUACCCAUCCUCCAUCUCCUCCCUCAUCCUACCCAUCCUCCAUCUCCUCCCUCAUCCUACCCAUCAUCCGCUCAUCCUCUCCCUCCUCCCCUCUCCCUCAUCCCCUCCUCCCCUCAUCCUACCCAUCCUCCAUCUCCUCCCCUCUCCCUCAUUCCCUCCUCCCCUCAUCCUACCCAUCCUCCAUCUCCUCCCCUCAUCCUCUCCCUCAUCCCCUCCUCCCCUCAUCCUACCCAUCCUCCAUCUCCUCCCUCAUCCUACCCAUCCUCCAUCUCCUCCCUCAUCCUACCCAUCCUCCAUCCCCUCAUCCUCUCCCUCCUCCCCUCUCCCUCAUCCCCUCCUCCCCUCAUCCUACCCAUCCUCCAUCUCCUCCCAUCCUCCCUCCUCCCCUCCCUCAUCCCCUCACCCUACCCAUCCUCCAUCUCCUCCCUCAUCCUACCCAUCCUCCAUCCCCUCAUCCUCUCCCUCCUCCCCUCUCCCUCAUCCCCUCCUCCCCUCAUCCUACCCAUCCUCCAUCUCCUCCCCUCAUCCUCUCCCUCCUCCCUCUCCCUCAUCCCCUCAUCCUACCCAUCCUCCAGCUCCUCCCUCAUCCUACCCAUCCUCCAUCUCCUCCCUCAUCCUACCCAUCCUCCAUCCCCUCAUCAUCCUCUCCCUCCUCCCCUCUCCCUCAUCCCCUCCUCCCCUCAUCCUACCCAUCCUCCAUC